AUGGAAGGCCUCCCUGUCGACCUCCAGGGCAGCGGGGCCCCUCCGCCUGUCGCAGGUGAUCAGGGCAAGUUCUCCGACGACAAGCUGGUGCAGCUCAUCAGCCUCCAUCGGAAGAUGGGCAACGAGGCCCAGGCCAACCAGGUGGAUCGUCAUAUCAAGCAGCUGGAGAAGAAGCUUCAGCAUGAUUUGGAACAGUAUACGAAGUGGUCUAACUGGCGCGCCGACAAGAAGGAGUCCGUUGGUGCGGUGCGUCGCGAGCUGGCGGGCGAGACGCAGAAGCACCAGGGUAUGGUUGAUCAGCUUCGAGCCCAAGUUUGCCCAGCUCCUGCCACGCCACAGAAGCGUUGCAUUGCCCUCCAGGACCUCCUGGAUGAGUCCAGCGACUUCCUGGACAUGGGCAGCGUUGAGGAGGUCUUCGGGGUGGACGGCUCGGUCUACGAGGUUCAGGGGUCUGACGCCCAGGAGUUCGAGAAGAGGACCACGCAACUCAAGGAGUCGAUUCAGAAGGCCGCUCGCCAGCUCUCCGGCGAG